AUGACACCCGAAUUUGAGUCCACCGUUCAAAAGGCCAUUGAGAAUGACGUCCUCCCCGGUGCGGUGAUGCUCGUCAGGUCAAAAGAUGGCAAACUCAACUACACCCACUCCCUCGGCCCCUUGUCCCUCUCCCCUUCUUCCAGUCCAGCAAACGCCCCCCUCCAACCAGACAGCAUCCUCGCCAUGGCCUCCACAACCAAACUCCUCACCUCCAUCGCGGUCCUGCAGCAGGUCCAAUCAGGGAAAGUAGCCCUCGCGACUGACAUCUCCCCCCACCUCCCGGAACUGGCCGCCCAACCUGUUUUGAGCGGGUUCACCCCCGACGGACAACCAAUUCUGUCUCCACGAACAGAACCGAUACUGUUAAAACACCUCCUGACCCACUCGUCAGGCUGCUCCUACACCUGGAACAACCCCGACGUGGUAACCUACCUCACCACCAUCACCAACAAGACCGUCCCCGUCCCCUUGACCCCGGUCGGGGGAAGUACAGUACCCGAGCGGUGCUCUUACCCGUUGUCGUUCCAACCCGGAAAGGGAUGGGUCUACGGCUCGGGACUGGACUGGGCGGGUUUGUUGGUGGAAAGGCUCUCUGGUGUCAAGCUAGAGAAUUACUUGCAGGAUAAUAUCCUGUCAGUGUUGGGGAUCGAAAGGGGGGAAAUCACCUUUUAUCCUGCUCGGUACGACGCCCUCGACGGACGCCGAGCGGGUAUGACGACCCGGGGGAAGGGGAAACUUUCCCAUCACAAGCUGGCGGAUAGUCCGGCAGAGAAUGAGGCUAUGGGGGGGGAGGGGGGGUUUGGGAGCAUGAAGGCCUAUGUCACCAUCCUCGCUGACUUUCUGGAGCCAAAUAAGAGCAGGUUGCUGAGGCCGGAGUGGCAGGCGGUCUUGUUUGGGGGGUGUUUGACACCCGAGAGCAAAAAGGUCUUGAAUGAGAGUCUAAAGGGGGAGGGGAGGGAUUGGAUGGUGGGGUGGGUCAACCCGGUGGAGGGGGGAGCAGAGUACGAUUGGAGUCCUGCUGGGUUGGUUACUGCUGAGCCUGGGACGACGGGUAAUAGAGGGAGGAAAAGGGGGUUUGUUCAGUGGGGUGGGGCUUUUAAUCUUGCUUGGCUCAUCGACCGGGAGGCGGGCGUGUGCGGUGUUUUCGCCACGCAGAUUGUCCAGCCGGGGGAUUUGCAAGUUAGGCCGUUGAUCAAGGAGUUUGAAGAGGUGAUUUACUCCAAGCUGUAAUGGAGAACACUUCAGGGAUAAGAGGACUGGGACAUAGUGCGGUAAUGGCUUCCCUGGCCUAUAACUCUGGACAAACCAUAGCAAGACACCAACAAAGUGCAAGCGCAACCAAACCAUGAAACAAAAUUGAACAUGAACAUUACCCCAACUCGGAGGAAAAAACACAAAAAAAGAUGGCAAUGUCACAGAAACCUCAAAAAUUACAAAGCCAUACCAUAAACAUUCCUUAUAGACUACAUCUAUCAAAAAACACCAUUUCAUCCUAAA